CCAAAAUGAUGUAACCACGUCAGGGUUACGUCCGGAAGUUGUUAGCUUAGCUUUGGUGCUAUCUUAAACUUGUGACAGAGUUCAGCAGCAGCAGGCAGUCUCUGAGCUGUGGACAUGGCUGUAGACUGGAUUGGGUUCAGUUAUGCUGUUCUGGUGUCUGCAGGAGGAAUUAUAGGCUUUGUGAAAGCAGGCAGCAGCACCUCUCUGGUCGCAGGGCUCCUGUUUGGCCUUCUGGCUGCUGUCGGUGCUUAUCUGGCAUCUCAAAAUCCCAAGAAUGUCUGGCUUUCACUAGGCACCGCGGGAACUCUGGCCGUGGUGAUGGGACUGAGGUUUCUCAACUCCUGGAAGUUCAUGCCAGCUGGUUUAAUGACUUUAACAAGUGUACUGAUGCUGCUGAAGAUCAUCGUUGGAAUGCCGAAGAAACCAUAUAAAUCUUGAAAAUGUUUAAAUAUACUUUUCUGUGUGUCUGUACAUAUUCUUGACCAAACUAAAUCUAAUUUGUACUCCA